GCCAAGCUGCCACCAGAAGGUUUCUUGGUUCCUUUUCUCUCUGCGUUUUCCCCACCCCUAAAAGACUGACUCCAAACUCAGAGUUCCGCCACACUCGACAGCGAGCCGCGUGAGCAGCGCAGCAGGGAGAGGCUCAGGCGGCCGCAACUGCUGAUUGGCAGCAAAGGGGUUCACUCCCUAUCGCCUGCUCGAAUUGAACCAGCCUAGCCAAUCAGAGUGAGGACUGACAAGAACGAUCCAAUCCUGGAGCUGGGCUGAGGGAAGGGGCGGGAACAAGUGGCCCAGGUGGACUUGGGACCGGAGCUGUCCUGGGGGAGCUGGUUUGCUGAUGCUGCUGAUACUGCUGCAGUAGUACUAGGUCGUCAGAUCUGAUGGAACUCGAGACACGGCAAGGCUAGAGCCAAAUGAAAGCUACAGAACCUAGCUCUUCUCCCAGCCGAAGACAGACACGUUACUGGUGGUUUUAGCUCCCUCAAAAAAUGGGAACUUGGCUGCACAUGGCACCACCCAUCUUUCAUCCCAGCACUCAGGAGGAAGAGGCAGGAGGAUCUCUGCAGAGUGCCCUCUCUUUGAGGGGAGUCAUGAGCCGCUUCCUGAAUGUGCUACGAAGCUGGCUGGUUAUGGUGUCCAUCAUAGCGAUGGGGAACACGCUCCAGAGCUUCCGAGACCACACUUUUCUCUACGAAAAGCUCUACACUGGCAAGCCAAACCUUGUGAAUGGCCUCCAAGCCCGGACCUUUGGGAUCUGGACGCUGCUGUCAUCAGUGAUUCGCUGCCUCUGUGCCAUUGACAUCCACAACAAAACGCUCUAUCACAUCACGCUGUGGACAUUCCUCCUCGCCUUGGGACACUUCCUCUCAGAACUGUUCAUAUUUGGAACAGCAGCUCCCACAGUUGGUGUGCUGGCACCCCUGAUGGUAGCAAGUUUCUCAAUCCUGGGCAUGCUAGUUGGACUCCGGUACCUAGAGGCAGAACCAGUCUCCAGACAGAAGAAAAGGAAUUGAGGCCAGCCUUGCCAGCUCUGAAAUGUCUUCCACCUCCGCCAUCCUCUUUAUUCACCCUCUGUCCUUAAAUCAUUUCUUUUGAGCUGCAUCCUUCGCUCCUUCAUCUAGGUUCAGCAUCUUCAAGCUUUUGAGAGGGUUUUUUGGUUUUUUUUUUUUUUUAUCUUUGGUUUUUUUUUUUUAUGUUUUUAGAUUUUUUAAGGUAUUCAUAAGAAAAAAUAUGUAACAUGUAUGUAUAAUUUAGAGUCAUUUAAAAACUACUCUGUUAUUCCUUCGAAGUGAAGGAGUUCCGAGAAGUCCCUAAUGUGUCCUCCCCUAUCUGUAACCCCUCCAGGCUCCCUUUUCUAGUCUUUGGCUUUUCUCCGUUUCUCUGCAUUCCUUGAUCUGACUUGUGUGGUGGGAGAAGAAACCACAGCUGCUGCCUGCCCAGAGCAGCUGCGAGCAAGGGCUGCCUCAAGGGGCUCCUUUCUACUGCUGGACCCAAGACUCGGAACCAGCCACGGCACAGGCAGUUCUUCUGAGAAGGGCUGCCCUCAUGAGCAGGCCCAGGCUCCUCUUUUAUCUACAGGUGGAUGAAGGUUGGAAGAGUCUGGGCUGUUUUUAGACCUUAUGGUCAGUUGUAUUUGUGUAAUGCAUUUUAUAAUAAAUAGGGAAACCUUCUA